AAAACUAUGUCGGCGAAGUGUACAAACAACUUACACUUAUAGAUAAAAACCCUAAACCAGUCUCUCUUUUCAUUCCCUUCUCGUUAAAACAAACAAACUCAAAAAAUAAAAAAUAAAAAAUCCCAAUUCGUAAAACACGAAAAAUACUCAUCAAAGAUCCAUCCAAUCCCAAACCGUUAAUUUCAAUUCUCCCCAAUGGCCGGUCAACGAACUUCGUACGGAAACAAACGCUCCCACUCCCACACCGACGACGGCAACAUCAAACCCAAACGCCGUAACCCCGGCGGCGACGACUCCCGCGACACGUUCCUCAUCACACAGGACGACACCGUUUACCGCUACCUCUGUCCCGUUCGCAAGAUCGGAAGCAUAAUCGGGCGUGGCGGCGAGAUCGUCAAACAGCUUCGCGCCGAAACGAAGGCGAAGAUCCGGAUCGGGGAGACGGUUCCUGGAUGUGAUGAGCGUGUUGUGACGAUCUAUAGUGUGGCGGAUGAGUCGAAUGAUUUGGAGGAUUCUGGUGAGUUUGUGUGUCCUGCGCAUGAUGCGCUGAUAAGGAUUCAUCAGAGGGUUAUUGCGGAGGAUUUGCGUGGGCGUGAGGGGGAGGAUGAGGAUGUGGAUAUGGAGAAGGAGGAUUCUCAGGUUUCGGCGAAGCUUUUGGUUCCGUCGGAUCAGAUUGGGUGUGUGAUUGGGAAAGGUGGGCAGAUUGUUCAGAAUAUUAGAAGUGAAACCGGUGCACAGAUUCGGAUUCUUAAGGAUGAGAGAUUGCCUCUUUGUGCUUUGAAUUCUGAUGAACUUGUUCAGGUUUCUGGUGAGAUUGCUGUUGUGAAGAAGGCUCUUAUUCAGAUUGCAUCACGGCUUCAUGACAACCCUUCACGUACUCAGCAUUUGCUUGCUUCUGCGGUUCCUGGGGUAUAUGCAGCUGGUGGUUCAAUGGGGGGUCCUCCUGGUGGGGCUCCAAUUAUGGGGAUGGCUCCUCUUGGUGGUGGUUAUGGGGGGUAUAAAGGUGAUGUUGGAGACUGGCCACCACGGUCCAUGUAUCCGAGUUCAAGGGAUGAAGGUUCUGUGAGGGAGUUUUCAAUCCGGUUUGUUUGUCCAAUUGCUAACAUUGGAGGUGUGAUAGGUAAGGGCGGUGGUAUAAUCAAUCAAAUUAGGCAGGACUCUGGAGCUACAAUCAAGGUUGAUAGUUCGGCAACAGAAGGAGAUGACUGCUUAAUUGCCAUUUCGACAAGAGAGUUAUUUGAAGAUUCUUUCUCUCCAACAAUAGAAGCAGCUGUGCGUUUGCAACCACGGUGCAGUGAGAAAAUUGAAAGAGAUUCCGGGAUUCUCUCUUUUACUAGCAGGUUACUCGUGUCAAGUUCUCGAAUUGGUUGCCUAAUUGGUAAAGGAGGCACCAUCAUUACUGAAAUGAGAAGACUUACAAAAGCUAACAUACGCAUCCUAUCGAAGGAAGAUCUCCCUAAAAUUGCAUCUGAAGAUGAUGAAAUGGUGCAGAUUUCUGGGGAACUAGAUAUUGCCAAGGAUGCCCUUGUCCAAGUACUUACAAGGCUAAGAGCAAAUAUUUUUGAUAAGGAGCGUUCUGUCUCAUCAUUCCUUCCACCAGUACUUCCAUAUCUUCCUGCCUCGCCAGAAGGACCAGAUGGUUUGAACUAUGACGGUAGAGAUGGAAGAAGACAUGGACGUGGCCAUUCUUAUUCAGAUGGCUAUGGAGGCUCAAGUGAUUUUCCAUCUGGUGAUAGUUAUGGAAACUAUGGAAGUUCUCAGCUUGGUCGAGGUGCUCCUUAUGGAGCUUAUGGAGGUUAUGCUACGGGACGGACUAGCACUUCUGGAUUGUCUGACAGAUUGUCUAGUCAGAGUGGUGUUUCUCGGAGGAGAAACCAUGGUUACUAAAACUUGAUGGGUCCUUGCAGGUGUGUGAUCUAAUUUGACCUUACACAACCUUUUUUCAUAUAUAUGGAUUUUGUUAGUUCAUUCUGGGUUGGUUGAACUUUUUCCAGUUCAGCUCCUCUGGUUAUAUGAGCUGAAUGGACUGAAUACAAGACUGGUUCAUUGAUUUUUAGGUUGAAUGGGCUAGUAUUGGGUUUUAAACAUAAGUUUGCAAGAAACCUGCAUAUUGUUUUGUAAAAGCAAUUCAAUAGCUCAAGAACACAUUCAGUCAAACAAUAAACAAGUUCCGUUGAGUUCAAAUCUCAUUCUUCUAUAGAACCACAUGAGAGCAAAGGCCAUACAACCAUACUGGACUUCUACAUGGGAGUAAUAUGUUUGAAACCAAACGCCAAACUGGUUCGGUGUAUAGUUUUCCAGUACAUUCCUAUUAUGUCAUCAACCUUCCAUUCCACGAUUGUUUGUUUUCAAGUUCUACGUUUUAGGUAGAUCACAACUUAGAAAGGACAUGUGACCUGUCACCAUAGUGGUGUCUAGUUAAGGGUUUGAUUUGUAGUCGAUCUACUGUAGGCGAGUCAUAACUUGCAUAUAUCUAAGAGAUUGAUUUUAUGUCUUGAACAUGUGACCUGUGACGCAAUAAUCCGAGGAAAAUAAUAAAUCUCAAGUUAAAGAAUAGUGAAUUAUCAAUAUGGUACCCAAAAAUUGAAAUAAAUGAACUGGCCAAUAAACGGCAACCUAAUAUACCAACAUUUUAUAUAUGGGUAAUAAAUGUCGUAGUGUGCUAUAUGUUUGGAGUUGAUGUUGACACAUGUUCAAGUGAUAAAUCAAUCUCUUAGAUAUAUGCAAGUUAUGCCUCACCUACAAUAGAUCGACUACAAAUCAAGCCCUUAACUAGACACCAGUGCAUAUGUUCAAGUGAUAAAUCAAUCUCUUAGAUAUAUGCAAGUUAUGCCUCACCUACAAUAGAUCGACUACAAAUCAAGCCCUUAACUAGACACCAGUGCAUAUGUUCAAGUGAUAAAUCAAUCUCUUAGAUAUAUGCAAGUUAUGCCUCACCUACAAUAGAUCGACUACAAAUCAAGCCCUUAACUAGACACCAGUGCAUAUGUUCAAGUGAUAAAUCAAUCUCUUAGAUAUAUGCAAGUUAUGCCUCACCUACAAUAGAUCGACUACAAAUCAAGCCCUUAACUAGACACCUGUGACAGAUAACAUAGAAGUAUGAUUAUAAUUAUAAUCAUAUUUCUACUUUGUAAUUUUGUAUAUGUAGGAAAUUAGUCUAUAAAUGUCAUGUAAACUAUUCCAAUUCUUGCAUCACAUUAAACCACAACACACCAAUUUAUUGUUUAUUGUUUAUUGUUUAUAUGAACAUUGACAGAAACAUACGUGGUCUCAUUUUAAAAAUAAGUCCCACAUAAAGUGGUGGAGUUCACAUGUGUUUCAGCCCAUAAGAGUGGGGUUUAGAGGGAGUAUUAAAAAGAUUGUUUAUAGGGCUGUUCUUGUUUAUGUGUUUCUGAAUGUGUUAACGAAUAAUAUUUCAUUUCAUCAAGUAUGUGUCUGGAAAUGUUGGCCUUAAAUGAACUAAGCACAGGAGCUUGGAGGACCAUCGGUUGGAUGUUAGUCUUGCACUUUGUUUAGGUUGUUGGAUGUUAGUCUUGCACUUUGUUUAGGUUGUUGGAUUGUGGAAAUAGUUAAAGUUCAGAGAUAUUGUGGACAGUGGAACUUCAGUUAUUUAAGUGGGUAUGUUAUCUCUUGUUGUCCCCUCCUCUUAUCUGUAAUAUUAAUUGGAUGAGAAAUGUUAUUGUUGCAUUAAUUGUGACACCUAAACUAUAGUUUUAUACUGUGUUUGAUAUUGGUGUCAAAAGCAACCCUGUAAUCGGGUUUCUUCUUGUAACUACUGGAACAGGUAAUCUACUGUAUUAGUCUAUUUAAGAUUACAAAUGUCACAUGGUGUUUCAAUUGUAUCAACAAAUAUAUGCUUCUUUCUAUUUGACUUGUGAUUUUCGCA